AUGUUGCCUCUGUCGGUGCGGCGUGCGGUGGCCUCUGCUCCCCAAGGGGCACUCGCCGCGUCGGCUCCCAAGGUGGCAGCCUCGAGCUUCAUUUUGAACCGCCCCCAACGGCGAUUCUCCUCGUCAAAACCCUCAAGAUCCGACGAGCCCAACGGAAUCGCAGCUCGUCAGUCGGUACCAGCAUCAACAUCGUCUCGCGGAGAGGGCAAGGGCAGCAGAAAACGAAAGCCCAAGGAAUCGACCGACCGAGAUGCGGCCUUCAAGAAACUACCUAGCGUUCCCAGCACUCACCACAUGUCUCAAGAAGCCUUGAGCUUGUCUAGCUUCUUCUCGCUCCACCGUCCUAUUUCCAUCACACAGACCAUGCCCAGGAGUGUUACAGACGAGCACUUUGCGACUAUCUUUGCCCCUCGAACAAAAUCGAACAAGAUACGAGACACUGUAUCUACGCUUUCUGAUACCAUUGACCAGCUGGAAGGUCCCAUGGCUCAGGUGACAAUAGGCGGCCAAGACCAAGGUAGCGACGGUAUGCAGAGAGUUGAUGUGAAGAACCCUGAUGGUACUGAGUCGAGCAUCUACCUGCAAGUCGACACCAUGUCUGGAGAAUUCUUGCCUUUCCGCCCACCUCCGCUACCCGAAGUACAGCAAAGCGCUGAAGCUGAUGGAAUUGUUGCUGAGGCUGAGACUUUGGAAGAUUCUCACCACAGGGUGUACAAGGCCAUGUUCACCAUUGAGGAGUCAACAGAGCCCGACGGUCAGAUCAGGAUCAUUGCCCACAGCCCGCGAAUUAUCCAGGAUGGUCAGCCCCGGAGCUUUUUGGAGCGCCUGGCUCUCCGCCAACUGCGAUUUGACCAGACCCGUGGCAACCGUGACCUCUAUGCUAUUAGCGUCAAGAGACAACGAAAGCUUAAGAUGAAGAAGAAGAAGUAUAAGAAGUUGAUGAAGAAGACAAGAAACCUGCGCCGCAAGCUGGAUCGUACUUGA